AGGCACCUUCAAGUGUUGCCUCACCCGCCCGACAGUCUUCUUCAUCCUUGUCUUAAAGCCAAUACAAGUUCAACUGCAAACCAACCCAGUCCGUUACACCCAAGAAAAAAUAGGCCUCCUAUGUUCAACAUCCGUCUGGGCGGUAUCAACGUCAGCUGGCCUUGUCUCUCGUUACAGAGCUGAGAAUCAUUCCUUUUUAUUGAGAUCUGCAUUUGAACAGUGAAGAUUUCAGGUUUUAUAAUCCGGGUUCUGUUCAGACUUCAGAGCUGUGAAGCAACUGGAACUGGGUUCUGUUCCUAGUUUUCCGCAGACUUAGCUUCCUGGUAUGAAACUGAAGUCUGUCAGGAAUACCAGGCUUAAAUUUCCCUCAUAGCUUUGUUAAGGGGGCUCUUCCCAGUUCGUUGGAGAUGCAAAGAUGGAGAAAACACAAAAGAUCAUUCAGUACAGAGAGAGGCUGGACAAGACACUGGCAUCUCCUAAUCUAACAAAUAAGGAGGCCUUAAAACUCCUUGUCAAGAAUCAGCUGAUUCAUUCUUCCGAAAAUGAAAUUGGAGGAUGUAAUGAGAAUGUGAUAGAAGAAAAGACUGCUGAAGUAUCCAAUUUACUUGACAUGUUGAGGAGUGCUUGCAUUGUUGAUGACAAGGGAUUGACUACUUGUGAGACCACAUCACAUCCUGAAUGGAAAUUAAAACAUGACAAUGAACAGUUCCGUGUUAUGUAUCGCGAGGGAAUCCAAGGCACUCCCUUUCAUACAUUACUUGUUGAAGGCUACGUAGACGGAUCUGUUGAUGACUGUUUAUGCGCCUCAUGGGAGUCAGACCUUUACAAGAAAUGGUGGCCUCAGUCUACCAUUCCAACUUUCAAAAUUCUCUCUGCCACAUGUUUGCAGAAGGUCCGGAUUGGUGAACAGAUUUCUUUAGUGAGGAUGAAGGUUCCAUGGCCACUUUCACCUAGGGAGGCUGUUGUACACUAUUUUAUGUUUGAGUACUUCCAAGAUGAUCUGAUUGUUGUUCUCUUAAAAUCGGUCUCUGAUUCGGAAAGCAUUGAUGGUGUUCAUGGUCUCACAAAUGAGGAAACUGCUGGAGCAAAGGAUUUGGUAAGGAUAGAUGUGGUGGGUGGCUUUGCUAUACAGAAGGUUACCAAAGAAAGAAGUUACUUUCGGACAAUAGCAACUAUGGAUAUAAAAUUGGACUUUGUCCCGCCAUCCCUUAUAAAUUUUUUCUCAAGGCAGCUCAUUGGCAAUGGUUUCCGACUCUAUCAAAAGGCAGUGUCUUCUAAGCUUAACAGUGAUGGAGAUUACAGUAAGGCCUUGGAAGGCCCGCUGUACACUCAGAUACGUGAAGCUCUUUUUCCACUUAAUGAACCAAACAGACCUCUGGAAGGAGAAAGGCUAAACAGUGACACGUCCAAUCUCUCUGAAGAACAUCUAAUGAAAAAUCAGAUGAGUGACUUGAAGUUGGUGGAUAUGGAUCAGAAAGUUGAAAAUGAUCACCCUGCAAGUGAAGCUGCCCCAGAUGAUGCACAAGUUCACCCUGCAAGUGAAUUGAUGUCAGAUGAUGCAUUAGUUACUGGCAGAAGCACUUUUGGUGAGAUUGAGGAGGUAGAGAGCGAAGACGGCAGGCAGCUUGAGAAUCAAACAUCCAACAGAGUUGCAGAAAAGGGUCUAGUAAAUGGAAAGAGAAAUGUUGUUAUCAGUUCUGAGGUAGAACAAGCAUUAGGAACAUUAGAAAAGAUAAUUUAUAAGGUUCGAAAAAAUGGAUUGAAUGCUCAAAUUCGGUCCUCUUCUGGCUUCACCAAUGAAAUCCCCCGAAAGGAAACUUAUGGAGGUAACCCAAAAGCCUUAGAAGGUGGAGUGUGUAUAAGUGGUGAACGUUUUGUUGAAGCAUCUAAAGAAGAAGUCAUUGAGAGGACUUUGCCUAAGUCUGUGACAAAUAGCUCUGGCAUUCACAACUUAAGCUAUGCAGGAUCAAAUUCUCUGUCAAAGGAAGUUAACCAUAACAGAAUAGUACCUACUUCCCUAGAGCAGGAGCUUUCAAUUUCUUGCGAUAAUAACCAGUCUGCCUUGUGUUCCUCUAAAGAUGGGACUGCAGAGGUACCUGUAUUAGACUUGGAUCAUAUUAUGUACGGCACCACCAACCACAUGAGCUCCAUGAAAAAUGGCAAGGAUGAAAAUAUCCCUAAUAGAACGAAGAAAUUGACGAAGAAAAGAAAGCAUCGGUACUGUUGCUUCAGCAUGAAUUAAAGACAGGCAGAUUUUUCAGAGGUUGGGAUUUGAAAAUGCAAGUCUGAGUUUUGUUAAGUCACUCUUCGUUGUAAGCCUAAUAGAUGACUGGAGUGGAUUUGUAACAUUUUACUUAUAGAAUGGUUAAAUGUAUAAUACAUUGUUUAGAAGGUCCAAGAGGCAGUGAAGGAUGUACCAAUAUUUUAGAAUAAUCACCUACAUAAUAAGUAGUAAUGCAAAAUUUAUUUUUUAAUAUAGAACAUGGGACUCGUUCUUUCAUCAGUUCUGUGAUGAAAAAUAUUGUUCUUAUUAUAGUUGAGAGUUGUGAUUUGAGAAUACUUUUUAGUCC